AUGAACGAGUCGGUGACUCGCUCGACUUAUGUUCGUAAACUUCCCUACAGUAUACUUCGUCAAGUGGCCGACUUUUUAGACUCUCUAGACUUGUGGAAGAACGUCAUCUUUUCCAUCCGGAAGUCGAACGGCCAGUUGAGGUACACUCAGCAUCAUGUCAGGCGUUUUGAAGGACUUGUUGCUCAGGGGAAGAGCCCCACAGUGGAGCUCCUGCGUGAGUUGGGCAUGUUCAACGCCACAGUGGGAGAAUUGGUGGACAUUCUCAAGAGUCACAAGUUACUGGCGGCCGCCAGUGUGCUGUUACCUGAAGAGAUGCUCUCCGCGGAGCCACCAUCACCUGCUUCUCCUGCAGCAGAACCCAGCAGCACACGUUCAACUUUGCCGACCUGUAGGAUAGCUCCGACAGAGAGGACAACGUUAGAGCCAGUAGCUGAUGAACGACAUACGCCCAUCAAGCCGAAGAAUGAUGAACCAUACCACACAAGAGUGACAGGUUUUACAAGUUUCUCAUACAACGAGCUGAAGGAAAUGACCCAAAACUUUGACGAGCGGCCCACGUCCGACGGCGGCUGCCGACUCGGAGAAGGAGGCUUCGGGACGGUUUUUAAAGGUUUCUUGCGGGGCAAACCAGUGGCUGUGAAAAAACUCAACCUGAUAGAGGACAUCUCGCCCGAGGAGCUGCGAAUUCAGUUCAAUCAAGAAGUUCAAACGCUGACGAUAUUGAAACAUGACAAUCUGGUGGACAUGGUGGGCUUCUCCAGUGACGGGGAAUACCCGUGUUUGGUGUAUGUCUACAUGGCCAACGGAUCUCUACUGGACAGACUGGCUUGCUUUGAAGAAACUCCUCCGUUGUCCUGGCGACAGAGGUGCCUCAUAGCUAAGGGCACAGCAAAUGGUUUGGAGUAUCUGCAUAGCAAUCAUCAUGUCCACAGAGAUGUGAAAAGUGCAAAUAUCCUAUUAGAUGACAAUAUGGUGGCUAAAAUUUCAGACUUUGGUCUGACGAGAGCUUCGGCCAAGCAUACUGCAACGACCAUGAUAACGGAAAGGAUCGUCGGUACCUGCUCUUACAUGGCACCCGAGGCACUGAGGGGCGAGAUCACGCCCAAAUCGGAUGUCUUCAGCUUUGGAGUGGUACUAUUAGAAAUACUGUCCGGACUCUCCCCGGUAGACCAAAAUCGUGAGCCGCAGCUUUUGAUGGAGAUGCGGCACGACAUUGACGACGAAGACGAGGAGCUCACUCUGGAAGCCUUUGUGGACAAGCGCAUGAGCGACUGGGCUGUGAGCCAGGUAGAGAGUGUCUACUCUUUGGCCGGCAACUGUCUGCACGAGAGGAAGAACAGGCGGCCGCUCAUCACACAGGUGCUGUCCGAGCUCAAUGAAGUGGUCAGAAUCAUUUCACUGGAGUCUUACGCAUAGAACGAAAAGUUUGUUUUCCACCAUGUCAACCAGAGGAUUUCGGCAGCUGGAGUAGAGCAUCCUCUCUCUGAUGCUACACUUGUACCCCGGCAUUGAAUAAAUAAAGACUGCAAAAGGAGAGAGAAGGAUGAAGAGCUCGCCACAGCACAGGCGGAGGCAAAAAACUCUCGCCUGUCGACUCACCCGUGGACUCCAAGCAGUCGCCCUCGUGGGAAUGCUUGUAGAGGAAGAAGUGGUAGCGCGCCGCAUCUUUGGGGAUCCUCGACGGCAGGCUCCUCAGGUCUGUUGGCUCGGUGCUGCGCAAGCAGAUCAGCUCCUUUUCGGCGUCGACUUCCUGGCGGGCCAAGGGGACGGAGUUGGCUUAUGUAUGGUAAACACGCUAACGGCUAACCUCUUCAAUGCAACCAAAUAAAUUGAAUUUUAGCAUCCGAUUAGCAAAA